AGUGUGCGCUAGGAAAGCUUCUGAACCCAUCCCUCAUGAUGAACACAUCUGUUUGGGUGCAAAUCUUGGACGUCGACAGUCCAUACACCGCCGCGUUCACAGCACCUUGGAUCGGCUGACAUCUCGCAAUGAGAUCCGGACGCGGCCGGCCCACAAAAACUUUGACGACUUGAGAAACGGCACCG